ACAUAAAUUCAGAAUUCGUAAUAUACAAAACGAGGUGUUGGAAACUUUAAACAAGCCACGCUAUACUUAGUUUCAAAUAGUCACAUCCUACAUUCCAGCAUUAACAAAUUGAUCUUUGUGUCGGAGAAGUGAUGUUUACCUUUAGGUAGGGAUUUGUUUGUGCUAAGGCUUUGUCAUUGUUGAAUUACGAAAGCUGUGAAUUGUUUACGCGUAAACAUCUAUAGUCGAGAGUUGUAUAGCGGCACGCGAACAUAAUAGACCACGAAAGAGCGAACAGUCUUUUGUUUUGGUGCAUUGCUUACAAGCGUCAGCAGCAAAAUAUAAAAUUCAAUUAAGAAAUAUUAUAUAUAUAUAUAAAUCGAUAAAAUAAAUAUAAUUACUUUUCUUAAUUCAAGAAUAUAAUACGAUUUAAUUUACGACAGUCACAAAUAUGUUCUUAUAUCGAGCACGGAAUUGUGCAAUAAUGAAGUUGACAUUCACAACAAUGGUAAACAAUGUACCGUAGUAACCCCGGCAACAAACAAACAUGGAAUGGACCUGCGAAUAUUAACAUGUAUUAUUUUCAGGGAUUGAAGAAGUUUGAAUAAAAAUGUAUGUCAAAUCGAUAACAGAUAAGCUUGCUAUGAAUUAUGGGGAAGAUGCCAAGAUGCGUACUGUCCUUCUCUCCCUCGCAGCUGUGACGGUAUCGACUUUCCUAACAUUCCUCUUAUUAGGGAUCACAAAGGCUAUUCUGGGCCUGUGCUAUCCGGAUAUAGGAAACUGGGGUCUGGAUGUUUUCAGCAAACAUACAACAGAUCUGCCUUAUUAUGAAAGAUUAUUUUGUGGAAGAACUCCGGUUUACAGACACACUGAAAUGUGUCUUGCUUCUGACACCAAACACCGAUCAAGGAAAAGAAUGUGCAGAGCAAAACAGGUAUUUCUUAAUACCGUGUUUUUCUUCACAUUCCCAGCUAUGGUGGUUUGGAGACUGUGUUGUACCCGCAUAAAGCGUAGCAACAGAAGAGGUUACAUUUCUACAGAGGGACCUCAUUACGGUAAUCUUGAUGAAGAUGAUAGUGACUUCGUGGUGACUGAACCUGCAGAUGCCAUGAUUGCACUGCAGAAGAUAGAAGAACAAAGUCAGGAAGAACACAGGGUACGAGCUUCUUAUUACCCGAGUUCUGAUUCUGAUGUUGAUUAUGACGACGACGACGACGAUUAUAUACGUAGGUUGAUGAAGCCUGAAAGUGUAUAUACUGAGUAUGCAGCACACGCACAGAAUCAAAGUCAGGAAAGUUUCACGGACUCCUUAGAGGAGGGAUCGACCCGUCGCGAGGUCUGUACCUGUAUACGGGACGGCACAACACAGAAAAAUGCAGACAGAUAUCCAUGGCUUGAGUGGGAUUCACAUCAACGGUCCCAGCGACCAAGCGGCACAAGGCCAGCGCCUCAGACUGCUCGGCCACUGCAGACCCUGACACAUGUGCACAGCUUGCAUGAAACGAAGAGAGCAGCCUGGAAAGAUAAAUCAAGAGUGGAGGAUCUGUUUAGGGAGACUGAUAACAGAGGAGAUGCACAGACCAGAAACAGAACCAAGAUCACUGACAGAGAAACAUGUUUUGAAUGUAAAUUUGAUAAAGAAAACUUAGCAGAGAAAGUCGUCGAAGAUAUGCUUCAGAAUGGAAUAAUAUUUCGCAACUUAAAAGAGCCUAUAGGUGGGGUCAUUAUGCCUAAAGGAGUCCCUUACACUGUAGCUGGCAUGUUUCAAAUGACAGAAGCAAGUCACAUGUUUAAAGUAAAGAAACCUUUUUUACAGUAUCAUACCAUCAGUAAUGGGAAAGAAAAGGUUGUCAAACCUCCUACAAAGCUGAAUGCAGAAGAUUUUGAACUCAACUUAGAGACGCCAGAAGAUGUGAAUAAAUUUAAAGAAUUAACAAUUAUUCCCAGAGGCUUAUGUCUAAAUUUAAAAUGAAUCAUAGAUGCUUUUAGUGAAAGCUCGUUGGUUUUAAUGGUGGCAAGUAUGAAGAUGACCAUGAUUAUAACACCAUUUAGUCUGGUAGAAGUUUGCCAACAUUUACUUGCUGCCUCCAUCAUCAGAGCCGGUCUGGACGCAGAGGCUAGGGGAAAAAUCCUCUGCCCCCGUCGGGGAUCAAACCCCGGCCGUCCAGCCAGUAGCUAGUCGUAGUUAAUAUAUGCGCAGUUAGGGCAAUUAAUAUCAAGGUCAAAGAUGGGUUAUCAACCUGAUGGAGGCAGCAAGUACCUCUAAAACCCUUCUUCUUAACUACGUGGCGCUAGAAUAGCUUCAAAUAAAGAUCGUGAUAAACUGAAAAAAAGUUGGGUUAUAUUUAAACAAGUAUAAAGAGAAAUGGGAAAGUUCAGUGAUGAAAUAUGAGGAGAAAUAAAUCGUAAAUUUUAUAUAUUUAGAAGUGUACACAAGACCAAGGAGUCAUGUCCAACAUUGUAAACUGUAACCAACAGACUAAUAAAUUCUGUUAUUAC